AUGGCAUUAUCAGUUAAUACAACUGAAUCAAAAGAGUCGCACAAAUUCAAGCCCCGGUAUCCCAUUCCCGAAAUACAGAGCGUAUUGCCGUAUAAUGAAAACCCUUUACAUCUGGUGGAGCCUAUGGACAGCCAGUGUAAGGACUGGUGUUUCGAAACGAGUCUAUUUUCAAGGGAUGAAUUCAGACGUAUAGCUAAUGCCACAUAUUAUACGGCAUAUUUCUACUCGUUUUGCACCGAUAGGGACAGAUACGAGACAUUAACAAAGUCUUUGGUGAAUGUAUUCAUUCUGGACGACCACAUGGAGACCACCUGGGGUGAAAUUAACCGUAAGGAGAUAAAAGCCAAAGAAAUCUACGGUCAGUUGCACGAGGUAUGCGACAAAUUAUUAGACCCUGGUAAUAAAUCUAUCAAAAUGGAUCGUUGGAAACCCUAUAUUUUGGGCGCCUAUGCUAUCUAUGGAAUGGUGGUGUCGGCCUAUAAUGACUGCCAACGGAAACGGUGUUUAAUGCUAUUGAAGGGGUGGGCGGACGGUAUGAUCGAAGAGUGUAUUGAUUUGAAUGCAGACAAACGAAUCGAUAACUUGACACAAUUCAUGGAAGUGAGGGAUCGGUCGGUUGCCGUAAGAUUCUUCAUACAACUCAUGGAAUACGCGGACAACCUAUUCGUCCCGCAAGCGGAAUGGGAUCACCCAAAGUUUCAGCGACUACUUGAGCUGGCUACAUAUUUAGUCACCUUGGUCAAUGAAGUCUAUUCGUUCGAGAAGGAGGUUAAGGAACGGGACUGGAAUAUGGCUGAGGCCUACAAUAUGGUUGCAUUUUAUGUGCGCUUUAAGGGUAUGUCAGUGACGGAGGCGAUGGACAGUCUGGUGAAGGACUACAUGGAAAUGGAGUCGGAAAUCGUUGCCCUAAAGGAAGAGGUGCUCACUGAGGACUGGCUCAGCCCCGACACCCGGGUAUUUGUCGGACGUAUCAUGUAUUUCAUUGGCGGUGCUUUGAGGGCUCACGUUCUAAUGAAGCGCUAUUCAAGUUUAAUGUAA